ACCCCCAGGCCCCUCAUGAGGCUCUCCACGUUGUUCCUGAGCCUGCUGGCCUUGGUGCUGCGGGAGGCAGGGCCGGCUUCUCUCCCAGAGAAGGAACGGAGGAGGAGAGAGGAGCAGAGCCACUAUGGGGAAAGCGAUCCUUACUCAGAGCUGCAUGUGGGGAGCUACAUGGUGAGCCCGGAUGACUACAGUGAGGUCAUUGACCUGAGCAGCUAUGAGGAGCUGGCCGACUAUGGGGACCAGCUGGCUGAGGUUAAGGUAACCAGUCUGGCUCCUCCAACCAGGAUCAGUCCCACCCAGAGCAAGAUGACUCCAAGGACACCCUUGUCAAACCCCACGAUGACCAAGCCUACUCUGCCAGGCCCACUGGGCUCCCCAGCCAGCCAUGGCCUGCCCACCUGCCUGGUCUGUGUGUGCCUCGGAUCUUCUGUGUACUGUGAUGACAUUGACCUAGAGAACAUUCCUCCUCUUCCCCGGAUGACCACCUAUCUGUACGCCCGCUUCAACCGCAUCAGCCGCAUCAGGACCAGAGACUUCGAAGGGCUGACAAAACUGAAAAGGAUUGACCUCACCAGCAACUUCAUCUCCUCCAUUGACAAUGACGCCCUCCGCUUGCUGCCUGCCCUGCAGGAUCUGAUCCUCUCAGAGAACCAGUUGGUGGCUUUGCCCCUGCUGCCCAGUGGCAUUGAGUUCCUGGAUGUCCGCUUGAAUAGGCUCCGGAGCUCGGGGAUACAGCAUGAGGCCUUCAGGGCACUGGAGAAGCUGCAGUUUCUCUACCUGGCAGACAACCGACUGGAUUCCAUCCCCUGGCCUUUGCCUCUGAGCCUGCGCUCACUCCACCUGCAGAAUAAUAUGAUAGAGACCAUGCAGACAGACGCCUUCUGUGACCCUGUGGAGCACAGACACACCCGCAGGAAACUGGAAGACAUUCGGCUGGACGGGAACCCCAUCAACCUGAGCCUGUUCCCCAGCGCCUACUUCUGCCUGCCUCGGCUCCCCAUAGGCCGCUUCACCUAG